AUGCGAAAGUGCCGGCAACCUGACGAUCUGAUGUCCCUUGCGGAUUGCAGCCAAAGCAAUGCGCAGUCUGGGCAGCGAAGAGCACGGCGGAAAGGUGUUCGGGGCCUGUCGAGCGUGUUGCUCCUGCUUCAGGCUUUGCUACUGCUGUCAACGGUAGCGAGGCCUGCUCUUGCCAAAAAGGCAGACAAGAAGUCUGCAGCAGCAGCAGCCGCCGCACCCGACUACAAGACGCGAGUACCGGGGACAGUAGAGCGGACGCUACCCAUCAGAAGUCAUUCGCUCUUUGCCCCCUACGUGGACGCAGAUCUGCAGAAUCGAUGGUUUGACUUUGGCGGCACAGCCAUCGUCAACACCAACAAGCACAUCCGACUCACGCAAGACAGGCCGUCCCAAGCUGGCUGGCUGUGGUCUCGCCUACCCAUCACACCGACUGGCUUCGAGAUCGAGUUUGAGUUCAGGGUGGACGGCAAGAGUAAUACCCUCUUUGGCGACGGAUUCGCCGUUUGGCUCACUUCAUCACGCGCCACGCAAGGCCCCGUCUUUGGCAACGAGGAUCUAUGGAGGGGCCUUGCCAUUUUCUUUGAUACCUAUGCCAACUCGAGGCACUCGUGGGCUUUCCCGCAGAUCCUAGCGAUCAAUAAUGACGGAACGACUUCUUACGACCAUGGCUCAGAUGGAGCCACACAAUCAGAGAUACGCUGCUCGAUCGAUUUCCGACGGACAGACGUAGCUGCAAAAGCAAAGAUGACCUACUUUCGCAACAACUACUUUGAGCUCGCGAUACAACACCGAGCCUGGGAUGAAUACGAGACAUGCUUUGUCAUACGUAAUCUGACCCUGCCAGGCUCACCGUUCUUAGGCUUUACUGCAGCUACCGGCGACGUGAGCGAUGACCAUGACAUCGUGUCCGUGUCAGCCUACAACGCACUCUAUCACAGCCCGAGUGCGAAUGCCCCGAAACGCUCGCGAAGAUCAUCUUCAUCAGCGGGCAGCAAAUUCCUCAGAUUCGUCACGACUCUCAUCAAGUGGCUGGCCAUUCUGGUCGUCAUCGGCGUUGCUGCAAUCGCGUUCAGAGGCUGGAAGACUCAGCGCAACAACAAGAGAUUCUAG